CUUUCACCACUUUCCUCCUCCUUUCGCCGCCGCCGACGUCAUCGUCUUCUUCUUCUUCCUCUUCCAAUCCCUUCUCAGCCGUCACUCCCUCUCUCACUCACUUCUUAUAUACCCCCACUUUUUCUCUACCAGAGACUCCAAAUACUGUCUCUACUCAUUCUCUCACAUGGGCCUCGUCCGCCACCGCCGGCAGCUCAACCUCCGCCUCCCCUUGCCUGAGCCCUCCAACCUCCUCCCACCCUUCCCCGACCCGUCCGCCUCCUCUGUGGACACAUCCCCUGCCAUCUCCGCCUCCGACCUUGAGAGCCUCCACGUCCUCGGCCAUGGCAACGGCGGCACCGUCUACAAGGUCCGGCACAGGCGCACCUCUGCUGUCUACGCCCUCAAGGUCGUCCGCUCCGGCUCCGAUGCCUCCCUCCGCCGCGGCGCCCGACGCGAGGUCGAGGUCCUACGCCGCGCUGCCGGCUCCCCCAACGUCAUCCGCUGCCACGGCUCCUUUGAGGAGCCGUGCGGCGACGAGGCCAUCCUCCUCGAGUACAUGGACCUGGGGACCCUGGAGUCGGUGCUCCGGAACUACGGCCCGUUCGGUGAGUCGAACCUGGCCAACGUGGCUCGCCAGGUCCUCAACGGUCUCGAUCAGCUCCACUCGCGCAAGAUCAUACACCGAGACAUCAAGCCGUCGAAUCUGCUCGUGAAUUCGAAGAUGGAGAUCAAGAUCGCCGACUUCGGGGUGAGCAAAAUCAUGUGCAGGAUGCUCGAAGCAUGCGACUCGUACGUCGGCACGUGCGCUUACAUGAGUCCGGAGCGGUUCGACCCGGACUCCAAUGGAGGCAGUUAUAACGGUUACGCCGGAGACGUCUGGGGGUUGGGGCUGACGCUGCUGGAGCUGUAUUUGGGCUACUUCCCGUUCCUGGAUCCGGGGCAGAGGCCUGACUGGGCCAGCCUCGUGUGCGCGAUCUGCUUCGGCGAGAUGCCGAGCCUGCCAGAGCUGGCGAGCGGCGAGUUCCGGAGCUUCGUCGAGUGCUGCUUGCAGAAGGAGUCCGGCAAGAGGUGGACGGUGUCGCAGCUUCUGACCCACCCGUUUGUGUGCAAGGAUCCGGUAUCCGGGGCGUGAAGUGCAGGUCGACCCAAAUCAAGAGUCCAACAUCACGCGGACCUUUCCUUUUCCUUUUUUCAUUUUUUUUCCCUUUAGAGAUUUUCACUUUGUACAUAAUGGGCGAAUUGUAGGCGUUACGUUCUUUUGUUCUAAAUUUUAUUGAUCAAUGUUUAU